AUGACACCGACACCGGAGAAAGAUGGCGAUUCCAUGACCGGACUCGAGUUGGACUUUGCCAUCAGCAAGAAACGGACAGGCGAAGAUGCGGCCGAGUAUCCACGAAGAAGGGCGACGAUAGCUUGCCAGAUAUGUCGAUUACGCAAGACACGAUGUAAUGGCGCCCGCCCCAAAUGCCAGCUCUGCUCCGAUCUCGAGGCCGAAUGCGUUUAUCGAGAACCUGGGAUCAAGCUCGAUGCAGGCGACAAGCUCAUUCUCGAACAUCUCACUCGAAUCGAGGGACUCCUACAUUCGAGUCUGGCCGCACAAGCCCAUUCUUCACAGCAAUUGACGCUCUCGUCCACAUCGCCUGCAACCAGCAACGAUACUGGGAUGGGCAGUGAGGAACCAACCAGUCGGAUGAAUGGUUUGAUGUCGACGACGGGGAAAAUGGCCGCCGUAGGGUUGGGGUCCUGGGCAAAUCCGCCUCCGAGUAUCAGCAUCUCUACGAUGCCCAAAGUGCACAGUACCCCGGCUUUACAUCUUCUCCAGUGGCCACUCAUCCGCGACUUGGUCUCGAGACCAUACGACCCUCAAAGUCUUCUGCAAUUGGAAAUGACUCGCGAGCCGCUGCGUCUGGACACCAACGCUGGCUUUGAUUUGGUCAAUGCACCGGUCUACGUUCAGGCGUUUUUCGAUCAUGCAAAUCUUUGGUAUGCAUGUGUGAACCCGUAUACCUGGGACCGCUACUAUCGAACUGCGUUGGCGCAGGGAUUCCAGGACGGACCGAUCAGCUGUCUGGUGCUAUUAGUCCUGGCUCUAGGCGCCGCCAGUCGCCAUGGGAGCAUUGCGUCUCUCCCGCCAGACCAUGAACGGCCAGGACUGCCCUAUUUCGCGGCAGCCUGGGCCAUUUUGCCUUCGGUCAUGAUGCGCAACUCGGUGAUGGCCGCACAGUGUAUGGUCCUGGCAUCUGCCUACUUGUUUUAUCUGGUCCGGCCGCUCGAAGCAUGGACUCUCCUGUCCAACGUGAGCUUGAAACUGCAACUUCUUUUGGGGAACCCGUCUCGGGUGCCCGCGCAAUGGAGAGAGCUCAGCAUCCGCGUCUACUGGAAUUCCCUUCUCUUUGAGAGCGAUCUCCUCGCCGAGUUGGACCUGCCGCAUUCGGGGAUUGUCAACUUUGAGGAACUCGUUGAUCUCCCUGGAGGAUUCGACGAGGAGGAAGAGGAGGGCGAGAAGGAAGUGGCGGCGAUGACGACUAUGGAGGAUGAGCAAUUUUAUGAGGAAUAUACGAAGUCCUCGAAGGACAGUCACAAUGCCCACCCAUCAAUUGUCUUUCACAACGACCGCAACAGCAAUAACACGCCUACCUCGCUUGACCCUCCGCUCCUGAUGAAUCAACCUUCCACCAUGUCAAGAGCAGGGGUGCACCACGACGAACUGUGGUACUUUCUCGCCGAAAUCGCCCUCCGCCGACUUCUCAACCGCGUCAGCCACCUCAUCUACCAAAAAGACAGUACUCACACACUCUCCUCUCUGGGUCCCAUCGUCUCCGAACUCGACUUUCAACUCUCUCAAUGGUACGAAAGUCUUCCUCAACCCAUCCAAUUCCCCCUCGCUCUAGAUUCCACCACCACCACGACCUCUUCCCAACCAUCCCCUUCAUCCACCCCAUCUACCUCCACCCACCCAACCACGAACCCAAUCCAAACCGUCCUCCGCCUCCGUUACAACGCCUGCCGCACAAUCAUCUACCGCCCUUACAUCCUCGCCGUCUUCGAAAACGAACACGCCGGCUCCGACCCCGGCGUUCUCGAAUGCAGCCGUCGCUGCCUCGACGCCACCCUCCGCCAACUCGAACAUAUCACCAGCCAUCGCGCCGGCCAUCUUCCCUACCUCUGGCAGGGCGCCCUAUCCAUGGUCUCCCAGACCCUCCUCAUCAUGGGCGCAACCAUGUCCCCAACCUUAUCGACGCUGUUGCCGCCCAAGGCGCGAAUCAACGCUAUUAUCGCGAACGUGGUCGAGGAAGUCCAGCGUUAUGCGCACUUGGCACCGAGUUUGAACGUGGCAGCGGAGAUUAUUCGGGAUGCGGAGCGGAGGAGGCGGAUUUGUCUUCGAUCGUCGACUUGA